AUGGCGCCGCACGGAGUUGAGCUCAACACUCUCAAGCAGUGUCUCGAGUUCCUGAUGUGGUUGAAGAAUGAUAGUGGUAAGCAACAAGAGGUGGCCCAAAAUCUACAUGAACGUAUCAAACAAUAUUUUCAUGAGAGUAAAGAUAAUUUCAACCUAGACAACGUUAGAAAGGGCUUGUCGGAUUUCCUUGGCCACGUGUCAGCGUUCUACACGAGGUUAUGCAAAGACCCAGCGCCCGGCAGUUAUACAGGGAUAGGUGCUGACAAAGUCGUCAAUGCCCUUCUGGAAUGCUUGCCCAAGUUCCUCGCUGCCAUAUAUUUUUUGGAAUACUGCGUGAAUCAGGCAUUCAAAGACCUGGGCGGGGGAGGGUGGCAGCAGAACUGGCCUGCGUGGGAUGCAGGUACGUCUUCUGGUGGCGAUCUCGCUAAAUAUCUCUACGCGAAAACCGAUGACCAAAAGUACAACUCAAGCACCGGCCUCAUACCCGGGGGCUUCACUUACGGCGAUGUGAGCUAUUAUGCACUUUUGCGGUCUUACUACCAGGGUUAUAAUAUGGUUGGGGACCUUAAUGCCAUCAUGAGCAAAGGCAACUACAAUUUCCUGCGCAGUGUGUUUGUCACUUCGGUGUUCUCCACAGAUCGUGGCACCGCUAUGCAGAACACUGCGAACGCGGUGUCAUUGGUCAGAACCUUUUGCGAUAUUGUAAAAGAUGAAAGACGGGACAACGGCGGAACUCUGAAAAUAGCCCUGGAAGCUGGCUUUAGAAAAUACGGGUCCCAAAAUUCUAUAUGCUGGGCCGACCUAAAAUCCCACUGCGCUGAGCUUAGGGAAAAAAUUCGCAAGCUCUUCAAUAACCCGAAACGCUUUGACUUCACAGGGCAAUCGACGGGCACCGAUAACCUUGAUAAAGAGGAGCUUGCGAGGGAAACGGCAAAUUGGAUGAGAGAGAAGCUGAACCAAGUGCGGGGGAAAUUGGUGAAUAUUAAAACAGAUGACCCUGCCGUCAGCAAUCCCAAGACAGACAACCUUGGCGCAUACUCCACUAAUAACAUUUUCCCCUACGGAUUCACGUUAAAAGGCCGCUUCCACAUGUCGCACAAUGAAGUGAAGGCUUUGAUGCAGGAUUGGCGUGAGGUAAUCGAUGACCUUAAGAAAGCGGAUGACGGUUUGGAUAAGCUUAAACAAAUUUUGGAUGGCACUUAUAGGGUUUCGUGUCCCCCACCUCCACCGAAAAAGCCUGAGGUGCCGCCUGCCAAGAAAUCUGAAGGAGCACAGAACCAAGGCAAGAAGGUGGAGGGAGCACAGAACCAGGGCAAGAAAAGUGAGGGAGCGCAGAACCAGGGGAAGAAAGCGGAGGAAGCACAGAACCAGGGGAAGAAGACGGAGGGAACUCCAAAUCAGGGUGAGCCGCUUGGCCCUACAACGUCGAUGUCAACAAAUCAGAACAACGGUCAAGGUGAACAAAAGUUUCCACCUCCACCAGGUGUAACAUCUACUGCCUCAGAUACGUCUCCCGGUGAUCCAGGAGCUCCAGGUCCGGCAGGAUCUAAAGGUGAUCGAGACCAGCAAGGGCCUCCUGUUACAGUAACUCCGGGGUCUUCUCCGCCCCAAGAUACAUCAGUUAAACAAGUCGUUCAGACUCAACAACCUGGUCCAGUACAGCCAGUUCGUCCCCUUCCGCCUCCAACUGCUCCCCCCAGUGAUUCUGGACUCCCCGGCCCCGCUGGUCAGCCAGGUGUAGGUCCGGGUUCAACGUCCGUUGACACUCAAGGUCUACCGUCUGGUGUCUCUCAAGGCAAUGGACCUCCCCAGAUUCCGAGUGUUUCAGGUCAAGGCCCUGGGCCAACUGGUGAUCAGAGGACUGGGCCACAAGGUGGUGGAGAGGCUGGGAAAGGCGACGACCUAGGCGGUGGUCAACAAAGUAAUCGAGACUCCACUCAACCAACAAAUAAAGGUACCGACCAUAAUCCAAGCAACGUCGCUACUCCGUCGAGUGCCCCGGUGCCUGGAGUAGGUGGCGGUGGGAAAGCUGCACCUGCCAAAAAGUGUGUGACCUUUAAUCUUACAAAUCUUCUGAAACAUAGCAAUGAUGGUGACACGACUGAAUUUUGUGACUACGAUUAUAACCCUCCUGCCCCAAAGCACUAUAAAGUUAAUGACGCAACCAGCGAACAAAUCUGGGAGGAGUAUAAGCAGCGUGAAAUAUUGCCGCCGAUUAAAGAAAAAUUAGAAGCAAGGAGACGUGAAAAGGAAGAGGAGGAACGCCGAAAAGAAGACGAGCGUCAACGUAAAUAUCAGUCCAUGCUUCCAGACAUCCAAGUUGUGUACAAGGCGCGGGAUGAGCGUCUAUUCGAUAUUGCAGCAAAGCAUAGAUCCGACUUUGAUCAUUUCAUGAAGAGCGAUUUAGAAGUCAGCGGGGAAGUCAUACGAGAAUCUCCGGAUGUCACAGUAGAGAUCACGAAACCUGCUGCAGCUGCCAAAACAAAAGAUGAUGACAUGCCUGAUCCCUCAACGCCGCAGAGUUCACAACCGCCUGCAUCGCCAGUACUUAAUGGAGCGGUCGUCACCUCCGAUGCUAUUAAGGCUUUUCGUCCCGCUUCACCGCCCAAACCGUUCUCCGCUAUGCCCAUCACACCUGCUGGUUUCGAUGGACAGUCUAUAACCAAAUCGACACCUAAAAGAGCUCACCCUGGAGCCAGCAAACGCUUAAGACACUACCUACAGAACUACGCUGAUGUUGAAACGUCUGUCAUAGCACCAGUUAAAGAGACGCAUAAACCUACGCACAUCAUGGCCAGCGGAGAGGCAAUGCCAAACGCCAAAGGCAUACCGAAUUCCACUCCACACGGGUUUUUCGCUGCCAUUGGCAUACCUGAGGGCCGACCGUUAAAACCAGCGAACUAUGUCCGGGCUUUGCCGCCCGUGUCGGACAUCACAGGCAAGAGUAUACCUGAUCGUGAUCUAAAUGCACGCCUUCUGCCUCUUUCACCAAUUGGUAAGCAACCUGUUCCCAUAAUGCAGCCUGGUAAAAGAGAACAAGAUGUGGACCGUUACCAGCCUGCCGUUAUUCGCAGAGACCUAAUUCGUCCCAAAUUCCCGACCAUUGUUGAGUAUAUUGAUGAUCACCCGGGGCUUAUGAUCGAUCCAGGCAUCUGCCCAGCGUCUUAUGGAAAUUCCGUCCUACCGGUUGGCCGAAUGGUACCGCCCACAGAUUAUUCCAGUCCAUCACCUAAGACGGUGCGUGAAAUGCUGUGCUGGCUGAGCGAUCUGCCUGGUACGCCGGGGCUGCUGUGCCAGUUGCUCAACUACGUCUAUGCGGCGUGCCAUCAGUUAUUGUUUCUCCGCACUCAGUGCAGCCGGGACACGCACUCUGGUGGAUGGCGUGACUGCAAGUUUGGUAGAGACGUGAAGGUCUCUAAAUCAUGGCAGUGCUCCAAAUCUCCGGUGGAUCCUACGAAAUUGAAGGGUCACGGCUGCGACGCCUCCCCGCUGCAGGGCUUUCUCACUGACCAGUCCGAUCUCUCCACCUACCGGUAUCGGCGGGGCGACAUAUGCCGGCGGAGCCGUGUGAAAUUGGGCUUUCUUCCGGACAAUUUCCGUGAAGAGUCCAAACAUGGAUUCUACAUUUAUCAGAUUUUGAAAGGCCUGUGUUACAAUGCCGACCCACUGGAGAAGCUUUGCACAUACCUCAACUGCCUCACCAGGCGGACGCCGCGCACCACGGGGGAGCUUGUUUCCUUCUUCCACAAUAUCGGGAAUGAGCUUCAUGAUGCGGCUUCAAAGAGAUUGUCUCCACUGGGCUCCGCCCUCUCCAAGCCACAUGACCACUGCCCCGACUGGGACCACCUUGCUGCCGACGACCUCAAUGCCAUCCAGUACAUCCGGGGCCCCGCCCCUCCCACCGCCAACCACGACAAAGGCCAUUCCAGGACCCUGUCCACACUGGUUGGCUGCGACAUAACCAAUGCGCAGUGCCCACCUCAUAUUUCGUCCACCACCUACCGGGCCUACGCCCUGUACUCUUCCAGCUUCGUCCACGACUACCUCAGCUGGACGGUGUAUCUACCAGACAGACUGUGGGAGUCACUGCUCAAGAUGCAAGAUGAUCUCGAGAACCUUCACCGCCACGACAACAAGGCCAAGCCUCUCCACCAGUGCCCCGAAGCCCUGCCCCUCCUCUACUCUCACGGGUUCACGCCGCCGGAGGGCAUGCCUCAGACAUCACUCACAUGUUCGGAUGCCGUCGCCAAGCUGAAGGAAGUGGUCAACGGAAAGCCCAUCGCAAGCCUCGUGACCACCAUGGACAAUUUCCUAUACGGCAUCCGUCUACCGUUCCUCUACACCAUCAUCGCACUCUGGCUCAUCGCCACGCUCUACAUCCUCCACUCAUUCCUCACCGCCUGCAACUUGCUGUCCACGGCUUGGGCGGGGCUGAUCUUUGGGUCGGCGCCUUGGUUGGGGUCAGUCGCCUCGUCAAGCUGCUCGUGA